AGAGAGAGAGAGAGAGAGAGAGAGAGAGAGAGGGAAAGCACAGACAAAGGGGGCGACACACACAGACAGAAAAAGAGUCCUAUGAAGAAGGAAGAGACAAGUAUUACAUUUCCCUUCUCUUUUCUGUGGAUCUCGAGUCAGGUGUCCAGUCAUGAAGGAGCAGAAGUUGAAACAGGAAGUUUGCAGUAUCCAACAGGAAGCUCCAAGUGCUCGGCAGGCACUGCUCGAUAACUUCACCAACCUACUGAAGGUUGCCGAAUACUGCCAUACGAACUACCUACAGUCGGGAGUGAGCAGCAAAAAGGCAUUGGAGGAAACCAAGAGCUUCACCAGCCAAUCGCUGGCCAGUGUUGUUUAUCAAAUCAGCACAUUGGCCAAUAGCCUGCUUGGUUUGCUUGAUGCUCAGACAAAUCUGAUUGGUCACAUGGAGUCUUCCAUCAACCUAAUUGGUCAGACUGUGGAGAUGCACAGGGAGAAAGUCGCCCGGAGAGAGAUUGGCAUUUCCACGGUUAUGAAGCGAGUUCCCCGUGGAGCAGAGAUGACCCCGGCUGACCCCGCGGUACACCGUCCCACCGAGUACCACCGCCGACCCAUCGACUACUCAGUACUGGACUCUGUUGGCCACCAAUACACAAUACCAGGGAAGCAGCAUUCCGGAAUGAUCCGUAAAGCUGGCAGCUCAAUCAGGUCCUUCAAAGCUCCUGGACCAGUGAUAUGUCCACUCCCUCCGUCUCUUGGCUUUGGCAAGCCUGAGGAACCACCCACUGAGAGUGACGUCAUGAUGAGCAAAGCCCCGCCCACAAACAAUAAUGUCACAGGGAUACCCGUCUCUUUGAGAACUCCCUGGUCAAAUUAUCCAGUGGAGCUGGUGGCCCAGCCCACUUCAAAGGAGUUUCUGUCCAAUCACAGCCUUCGUCCCCUCUCCACGCCCCCCAGCCUUGAGCCUGUGGAAGAGGUGACCGUGUUACUGCCCACUCCGGCUACGCCUAAGCUUGAUGUAAUCUCUAAUUCCGCCAUCGAGGAACCCAGUCCACCAUUUCUGCCACAUCCCGACCUUAUUCAGGAUGGAGAAGUUUCUUCCACAACUCGGAGGAAUCGCAUUCGUCGACUGCCCCCCAUCUCCCGCUCUCUCUCUCUGAGGGGGAGGGCUCGCCCCCACGACACACACUUACUACCUUCCGUCCAAUCAUUGAUGAUCCCGCCCCCUCCUCCUUAUGCUCCUCCUCCUGCUCCUCUUCCUCUCUCCUCUGCUCCUCUUCCUAUCUCCUCUGCUCUUCUUCCUCUAUCUGCUCGUCUCCGCUUAAAUGCCCGCCUACAACACCUGGACCUGGAGCUUCCAGUCCCGCCCCCUCCUCCCCUGUUGGACGACAGCAUGCAGUUAAAGUGAUAUCCCUCUUGCCGCUGACAUCAAUACUCCUACAGGAUUAUGGUUGUUUAUUUAGAAUAAUAUAAAUAUGUGUGAGUUUAUAUAUAUAUAUAUAUUUUGUGUAUAUAUAUAUAUAUAUUUUGUGUAUAUAUAUAUAUAUACACACAUAGUUAAUAAUUAAGUUAAUCAUCAAUAAUAUAGGUCAUGACUGUGAUAUACAUGUAUAUGUGAGAUAGAUACUAUAUAUAUUCAAAGAAUCAAAGGUUUUUAUUUGUCACAUACUCAUACAGGAUGUGCAGUGAAAGGUUAGUAUACUCUGUAUGUUCUGUGCUUAAAAAAAUUAAUAAAAUAGAGUAAAAUACUAUAUAAGAAAUGAAAUGUAUACACAAUAAAAACUACAUAAACAGGGAGAGAUACAAAUUGUAUUGUGCAAUAUGGCCAUUGUUAAAGUGGGGAUGAGGGGAUUGUCCAGUGGUUCGGUAUCAUUUAUUGACUGUUCAGAUAUAAAAAACACACACACACACACACAAACAUACACACACAUACACACAGACGUAUAUAUGUGAAUAAAAUAUAUGCUGUUGAGUAGAUUUGGCGGUAACUCAACACGA